AUGCAGUUGAAGUCCAUCCUCCUCGCUUUGGCUUUCAGUGCCUUUGCUCAGGCUCAGACUAUUCACGGUUACACCAAAAAGGAUUGCCCUAAGGCCGACGAAGAAACUGGUUCCGAUGAAACGACCCGGGAGAAGUGUUUGACUCUGAAGAGUAGCAGUUACAAGUCUCUCAAGGGCAGUCCUGGUGACUUCGUCCUCACAGCAUUUGCGGAAUCGAGUUGUGACGGCAACGGCUAUGCCCUGCCGCCCGGCAAGUGCAUCAACGGCGACAAGUUCACUACCUACGAGAUCCAGUUCAUCCCCAUCACCAAGCGAAACAACGCAACGGCCCUGCUGGAGUUGUACGCCGACUACUACGCCGAAUUCCCCGAGGAGGCUGAGGAGCUUAAACGCCAGGUCAACGAAGCGUAG